UCUGCGAAGUGAUGAGCCAUUGAAAGCGAGCGAACCGGGUGAUUGCAAGUAUAAUCGAGCGAGUGAGAGACUUUGAGUUUUGUAACCAAUUCCAUCUGCGAGUGUAAAAGAGAAGGACAAGUGUGUGAACCAGACCAGCCAUCUUGGAAAAGUUGAAAUUUGAUAUUCUGUGCUUGAAAUAGGCAUCAAUUUUUGCAUUGAUUUGUGAUUCUACGUCGUUGAAAACGCGAACCCGUUGUGAUUUGGAAGUAAUAUAAGGUCCUAAGUUAAGUUUUCAAGCUGUGCCGUAUCCGUUCGCGUGUGUAAGAGCUCAUUUCGAAACGCAGUUAGAGGAAGAAAAAAACCAGUUCAAGAGUCCACCAUCUUUGAAACCCGAGACAAAGUGAAUCGAAUAGCAAUUUUUUUGCUUGCGGUUUGACGUGGAAAGUGCAAAUUUGGAACGAAAAUCUGUUCAACGAUUAUCGGUGCAAACGUUCGAGUCAACACUACACGGCAGUCCUUAAAAGUAGUGAAAACUUGAACCAUUUAAGUGCGCAUUGUGAUUUCUUCGUACGCGGUCGUUGCGUUGAAGGGUACAUAUAUCGUCAUCAUCAAAAGUGAAAAUUGAAAAUAUUUGGUAGAAGCGAGUGUCGCUUAUUUGGUGAACCAAGUCGUUCACAGUUUGAUGUUGAAAAGUCUCGAAAUCGCGUAUUGCACACUGCGAGGUUUAGUGAUCGUUCGUACAAACCGAACCCUAGGAAAAUGAGAAUAGAAGUCCAUUCGGCUGCGGAUUUUUUAAUGAAUUUGCUGAGGGUAAAAAAAGCAAAUCAACUAUCCGAGAGCCAGCUGCAGCAUUUCAAGGGAUCGUUGGAGCAGAUUCUAACCCGUCACUUUCAACGUCACUGGUACCCUGAUGUUCCGACCAAGGGUUCGGGAUUCCGGUGUUUGCGAAUCAACGGCAAGAUGGAUCCAAUCAUCGAGAAGGCGGGUGUUGCGGUGGGAUUGAAUGCGGUGAUCCUGCGGAAGAUGCUCCCAAUGGAGCUGACGAUCUGGAUCGACCCGGAGGAGGUGUCGUACCGUAUUGGCGAAAACGGUACCAUCUGUGUGCUGUACGAUCAGCACAAAAGCCGUGCCAGUCCAUCGUCGGAUCUCGAUUCGACGGGUAGCAGUAGCUGUGAUGAAUUCAUUAUGGAACGAGUUGGCCGACUGGAUCUGUCCAAUUCGUCCGAUAGCGGUAAUAGUGGUAUGGUAGAUUACGUGGAUACCAAUCCAUCUAAUCCACUUGUGAUGCAGAGUAAGCACAACAAGUACAACAAUCAUCAUAAUAAUCAUCAUCACGCUAAGCGUCAGAACAACAGCAUUAGCUCGUCGUCUAGUGGACAGACUAGUCCACCACUUAGUCCACCGUUUAACGGUUAUAACAACUUCAACAACACUAGAUAUCAACAUAACAACCAACAUAACAACUAUUACUCGCCAUCUCUGCACCAGCAGCAGCAAUACUUCCCCUGGGACAACCAGUUUGUCAACAACAAAGUGCGUACUCAGUGUUAAACUACUGAAACCAGUCGUUCCCGUUCGGCUUUCCGUGCUCCCCGUUUCUUUCCUAAAAAGCAAAACAGUCCUUAAAAAAUGGUUAAAUUAACCACCAAAAAUUAUUCAUAUCAAACCAUUGUACCAUCUGCUGAGGUAAGGUUUCCCAAGUCGUUAGCAGAUCGCAUUAGUACUAGUGAGGGGAGCGCGGGUUGCCACGAACGUUUUCAACAAUUCAUCUAUUCAACAAAGUAAAAGAAGAAGAAAAAAAACGGCAGCAACACUUCGAGAGGACCCAUCAUCAUAAUCGAAGUACGUCGACGGACGACGUCACGAGCGGCGAGGGUGGAUGAACGCGCGAGAGAACGAGAGAAAUGACGCAGUAAGGACAGCUCCUGAAUGUAUCCAGGUUCAGACCAACUGAACCCAAACCCAUCCGUUUAUCUAGUAAGUGUAAGGCUCGAAAGGGACGCAUUUUAACAUUUGUAACAUCUCCCACAUUUUGCAUGCAAAUGAGAGCUAGCUAGCAAGUAUAGAGCAAUCGAGUCGAAGCAAAAGACGAGAGAGUGUUGCUAAAUUUUUCAACCUUCAAAACCACACACUUAAAUUAUAAGAAAAAGGUAAAAACAAGAAAAAACCUAAACAUAUAUUUGGACAACCACAACGGAUAAACCAAUGCAUACGAAUCACAUGAAAAUGAACAAUGGCAAAACGAAAAAAUGGAAAACUGAAACAGGAAUCUAUAUCUUUAUAAUUAUGAUAGAAUUAUAGCUUUAAACAGCUCUGCAAGUUAUUGUUUUGUGCGGGAGGGACGACGUCAUUCGAUUGGAAAAAACGAACGGACGAACGAACGAAGGGAAGAAAGAUGUUUCCCGAAGAAGUUAGAGAAUCGAGUGCUAGACUAAAAACAAAACCCUUUUUUUAAGCAGGAACACGCAUCAUUAUCGUCAUCGUCACAUCAUUAUGGUAUUAUAUUGUUAAAAAACAAUUGUCAAUCGAGGUCGAUCGGAGCUAAUGAGGAGGCAAACAUCAGAACCGUGUAGCAUUUGACGUGUGUGUUUAAGAGUGCGUUCAAGGAAGACAUUUCGUCAGUGCUGUGGGUGAUUAGAAAAAAAAUGCCUCCUUUGUUGUUUCUGUGAGCCAAAAGCGCGUGGACAAGUCAUAGAUAGCGUUAGGGUAAAUUCCCCCCUGGUUGCCAAAUAGUAAGAAAACAAUACAACAAGUGAGAUGAAAAGAGAAAACAUCUAAAAUAUGGUGAGUGGUGUUUUUUUGGUGGCAUUGAGCUUGUCCGAUUAACUAUGAUAUCGAGAGCUGUAGCAGUCUAGAAGUCUAAUAAUUUGCAUAGAAUUCGCGUGGAACGAAAACAGCGCGGAAGCAUUCUUUAAAUGAUCGCAGAUUGAAAAACUCGCGAAAAAAGGGGAGGGGGAGACAGAACAAAUGAACUAAAUUCUUUCUAUCUUAAAAUUUAGCCGAUAUUCGACAGUGCAAAGUUUUCCCUUUAUUACUACUUUUCAACAAAAAAAGCCUACUUUUCCUUUCCAAAAUUCGGAGAAAACGUUUCCCUUUUCCAAUGAAUGGUAACAUUCGCAAAGAAGAACAUUGGAUCACCUGUUGUUCCUAUUUUUAGAGUUUUUUUUCUGUCUCCUGCUCCCUUUGCCUUUGGCGAACGACACUGGAAAACAAAAUCGUCGUUAACAAAGGAUGCACAGAUGCAGAUAAAGGGCCGAACGACGAUGAAGAACUACUGCUGCAGCAACUGCAGCAGCUUUCGUCACGGCGAAAGGCUCGUACAUAGGUUGAAUAGGGACACGCAGCAGCAAGGAAAAGGUCAAUCGCGAACACUCGGUGUAGGGCAGAGCAGUAAAAGCAGGAAAAGUGGGAUAGAAAGCAACCUUCCGAUGGAGUAGAGAGAUGUGUGUUUCGAAACCUGGGUGGCUAGUCUGGCAAUAAAAAAAAGAGGACACACGUAGUGCUGCUACUAGAUGUGUGGUAGUGUGGAGAGCGGGGUCAACGACGAUAAUGAUCAACGAAACUAUCGAAAAUAUUGGCAGCCAGCACAAUCAAGCAGCAGCUAUGAACAACCAAGAGUACGAAGGCAGACACGCUCGGGAGACGGACGACCAUCAAUCCAUCAGCAGCAGCGUAACAAAAAAGAAACUAGUUUUCUUCGUUUCGCGCUGGUGUUGGUGAGGUCUCGUUGAUGGUGUCGUGUAGUCGUGCUGUGUGUCUGCAUUCAGUACGAGUGAGCAGCUGCUCGUGCAUUGGUGUUUACGUCCAUCUUGAACCGAUGUACGCUGUCUGUACGUGAGCAGAAUAAAAUCCAACCGAACAUUUGUUUUUGUUCGUCGUCUUCUUUCGAUGUUCGGUGUUUUCUUGCUGGUAGUUUUGCUUCAGUGGUUUUUUUUCUACCCCCUUAUUGUUUCUUCAUCCUUAAGCUGGCUGGUGUCUACCGAAACGGGUUUUUCUCGAUUCGGUUGUCUCGUAGACCAGUUUUGCUUGCCUACUACGGUUGGUGCCUACGUGACCGCGUACGCAUUUGUGUAGGUGUUUCAAUAGUUAUUCAAGCAGUCAACAGACAUGAAAAAUGGUCUAAUGGCUACUCUAAUCCGCCUACAUUCAGCGUACGGUCGGUUUUUACGAUUGUUUUUCCAUCCAACAUUUGCGUAGAAACUGAACCCCGUGACGCACAAUACACCAACAACAGCAGCGUUCGGGGUCGUCGUCGUAAAGCGAAAUUUGCAACACACCGAAGUUGGUAACCGUCAGUCAGUAGCCAAGUGGGUUGUUGUAUAAGCCAGACGAACCAACGAAAAACAGCAAAACGGCAACGUUGCAAAUAAUGACUGGUUAGCGUUUCCUAUGUUCAGUAGACAACUUCACGAAUCGGCUGCUACCAUGCUCUGUAAGCCUCGUCAUCUGGCUCACGGUUAGAUGAUAAACGAUUCGCGAGCAUGAGUCAUUUGCCGAAAACUUAAAAAAAAACAAAAGAACACCAGACAGCCCCCUGCAUCGAAAAACGUCAGAUGAAAAAAAAAAAUGGUUGCGAAACAUGCAUAUAUCUCAGCAAGCUUUGCUUUUUAGAAACACUCUACCGAGGGACUGCCCUUUUCCCGAGAAAAAACAAAAACUUAACGAAGACAAAACAUCCCGUUUAGUCGAAAUUCAGUAAAUAGAAAACCUACUUCAAUCGAUCGGGUUGAGGCAGUUAGGAAUCAUAUAAACAAAACACAAAGACCCACCGUCCAAAAGAAAAACUAUACAUUUGUGUAUAGUCUUGCACAGUUUAGGAAAAACCGAACGCAAAGAAGAAGAAGAACCAAGAAAGCUAGGAACCUAACGUGCGGCGUGGAACAAACAAUAUACAUUAUAUGUAUACUCGAUAGUUUUUUUCCGUGUUCGUUUCGAAUUUUAAGGAAAACAACACAUCAAGAAUCGUUGAUAAUCUCCCCUUUUACUAGUACAGAAACCAAUCAACAACAACCAACAACUGAGGAAGAAGAGUAAGGAUUAGGUUCAACUUCCCGAAAUUAUUUUUCCGUGUAUGCGUGUGUGUGCUUGAAUGAAACUAAUAGCUUUUGUCGCGACAGCUUUGUUUGUGUGAGUAUAUUAGAAAGUGGGCUAACUGAUGAGCAGUUUUUGAGAUGUUUUUGGCGACAGUGUAAUCGAGUGUGCUUGAGAGCGUAUCGAUGGGACUGAGCGAUUGCGUGUUUUUUUUGCGUUGUGACGAUUGAGGUUAUGAAUGGCGAAACGGUACAAAGUCAUCUAUAUUGUGUCAAUUUUUAAAAAAAAUAUAUAGCUCUUAAUUGAUCCAGCAGCGGUUGCGCGCACACGUUGGAGAAAUCAUAUUUCUUCCGCGUUUGCGGCAAACGCAGCAGCACCACAUCGAGGCAGAUGUGUAUUAGAUGAGGUGUAUGCGCGAAAACAAGCUAAAACUAUAAAAAAAUCCAACUGUACGACGAUCUCACUUUGUUGAAAGCAGAAGCGAAUAGUUACGACGACGACGACGACGACGACUUGGUCGACGGCUUGGCAUCAUCAAAGCAUCAUGGCGGUAACGUCGAAACGAGAAACGCUAGUAGUGAAACAGGGAAGAGGUAGUGAUUAAUUUGAAUGAUACAGAGCUACGCGAGCGUGAUUUCCUAGUUGCUAACCGACAGCUCAGUUCAGCUCGAUGUGCGGUAGCUAGCAAUCUAACUUUUUUUUAGCGAAAUGGAGAGCUUGGUAGCGAAUCUCUAACCAACAAGCAGAUUGGCAAACUUUUCACUUCACAGCCGUCGUUCGUUCGUUGGUUGGUGCUCUCAAAUUGGGGGUGCCUCAGCUCUACCUUCGCUCGCUCUGGGCUGUAGGAAAAAUGUUAGGAAACAUGUCGAAACAUGUCGGUGGUACUCCAGCAGACAAUGAGCUCACCGCAGCUCCGCACCGCGAUAGCCAUAUUGGUUGGAAGUCGGCCGCUUGCAAAAACUGGUUUGUCCCUACGAAAGGCAACACUAAUCUUUCACCAACUGCAGCUGUAGUCGGACUGUAGCUGUUUGCUUUAAUUAACAAGGAAAUCUACGGAAAUCGUGCACCGCUUUUCACUGAUUACACUGGGAAAAGCGAGCGCCGACACCGAAACUAGGUACCUAAACCUACCUGGCUAGGCUCGUUGAAUUAUCGAUUUCUCCUGCUCGGUCGGCGGUGAUUGUGAAAAGUUGUUGUGACGCCUUAUUUGGAGCAGAAGCCAGAAACUGACUGUGCGAUCGUUGAUAACCGCAGACCACAGUGCGGACGAAUUUUGGUGCUGGUUUUCCGUACCAACUUAUGUUCCGACGACUUUCUAGGGUUUUUAGCUCACCGUUACUAAAUUUAGGCUCUUUGGGAAGCUUUCCGAAAGAUUUUUUUUUCUUAUUUUUUGGUUGAAAAUAUACGGCGACCGUGAAAAAAAAUCGACGGACGUAGAAAAUUUCGGUUCGAAAAACAUUCGAUUAAAAAUGUUUGAAAACCGACAAAACUUUCGAUGAACAAAAUUUAUUUGGAAUAAAAAAUUUUUUAAAAAAAUAUUUGGCGACCGUGAGAAGUGUCGCCGAACAAAACUAUUAUAAAAUGAAAUAUUUUUCAUUGAAAUAUAUUUGGCCACCGUGAAAAUUUCGACAAACUAAAUAAAUUUUAAAGGCAGCCAUGUUAAAUUUUAUCAAAGCAAUUUUUUUUUUGUUAAUUAUUUGGCGACCGUGAAAAAUAUCAAUGAAAUAAAAAAAAACGAUUAAAAUUUUCCUAACUAGAAUAUACAUAAAUGGCGACCAUGAGAAACUUUGAUAAACAAAAGGAAUAUCAAUUUAAAACAAAAAAAAAAGUAUUCAAAAUUAUAUGGCGACCGUGAAAAAUUUCGAAAAAAAAAAACAUUAAUUUUGAAUUUUUCUUGGAAAAUGAAUUGGCGAUCGUUACAAACUUUCGUCGAAUUGAAAAAUUUCGUUGAACAAUAGUAUAACGGUUGUAAUUAUUUCCAUUGAAAUUUAUUAGGCGACCGUGAAAAAUUUCGACGAAGCCAACCAAAAAGUUGUUCAAAAUUUUUGUUUAUUGAAAAGUAUAUGGCGACCGUGAAAAACGUUUGUGAAGUCAUAAAAAAUGAACCAAAAAUCAAGGUUAAAUCAAUUUCUCUCAUUGAAAUUUGUAUGGCGACCGUGAUUUUUUUUGUCGAACCGCCUAAAUUCGGAUAAAAAACGAAAAAAAUCAGCACAAACAUUAUUUGGCGUCCGUGAAAAACUGAGUCGUACCAAAAAGAUUUUGUUUUAAACAAAUUUAAAUUAGGAGCUGGUUAAUAAAAUUAUGAUUUCACAAAUUGAUCCAGCUACUGUAACAGCUGCUGCUAAAAGUAUAUGGCGACCGUGAAAAAUUUCGAAAAAAGAAGAAUAAUUUGAAAUUUUUCUUGGAAAAUUUAUCGCGAUUGUUAUAAACCUUCGUCGAAUUGAAAAAUUUCGUUAAAUAAUUGCAUAACGGUUGUAAUUAUUUACAUUGAAAUUUAUUAGGCGACCGUGAAAAAUUCCGACGAAGCAAACCUAAAAGUUGUUAAAAAAUUUUGUCAAGUCAUAAGAAAUGAACCAAAACUUAAGGUUGAACUAAUUCCUCUGAUUGAAAUUUGUAUGGCGACCGUGAAUUUUUUUUUUAUCCAAAUGCCUAAAAUCGUUUUGAAAAAUUGUUGAAAAUUGUAAAUCAGUACAAACAUUAUUUGGCGCCCGUGAAAUACUGCAUCGUACCGAAAAGAGUUUGCUGUAAACGAAUUUAAAUUCGUGACAGGAGUUGGCUGACAAAAUAAUGUUUUCCCAAAUUGAUCCAGCUACUGUAACAGCUGCUGCUACUCCCCAAAAACUUGACGUUUAACCAGCCAGCCAGCCAGCUUCCAAUUCGACCAUGAGACCAUAUUUGUCUCAUCCUUGAGAGACGGCGACUCUUUCGAAAACAAGAGAAUUAGACUUUCAAAUUACCUACGUUUCCAACCUCUUUUUUGUUGGUUCUCUUUUAAGGUGGAACAGGGUGGCACGCACAAUUUUGCGAAAUGGAACAACAACAAAAAAUCAUAAAUUGCAAUCGCUUUUUCACCGUUUUCGAUUGCCCAAAAGAGAGUUUCAACUGUUGCAGACAGGCAAAAAAAAAAAAAAACAAAAUGAAGAUGGCGAAUUUUGCAGCUGCCAUCAUCACCGUCGUCAACUUUUUCUGCUGUUUUUUUUCUCUUGCGAUGCGUUUAACCGCAUUAAAGAUUGGAUGAAAUUUGCAUUUUGUUAUCAUUCAGUAAAAGAAAGAAAAAAAAUCGAGCCGUUAACACUAAUGGAGCGAACAAUUUUAUUCGAUCGAGAACCCACUGUAGAUGGGUCUCGUCGAUUGUUUUGCGUCGACUCCCAGUGGAAAUUUACUCGUUGUUUGGCGCAGUGAACUUUUUUUUUCUUCUGCUAGUUGCUUUCACAAACAGCAACGUUGAGUGUUGUGUGAAUGUUAUCAGUAUGUUUUCGUUGCUGUCUCAAAAACGUCUGCGCUAUCUGCUGUUACAACGCUCAGAGCACCACGUUGUUUGUUUGAUUGUUCGUUCGCGAAGUUUGCUUUCGCGCGAUGUCGUCAGCAGCCAUGGCUGUCGGAAACAUAUUUUUAAAAUAAUUUAGUAAUCGAGUUCUAAAUUAUUUUUUAUUGAUAAUUAAAUUGAUGGGGAUGUAAAUUGAAAUGAGUCGAUUGAUAAGUUAGAGCAGAUUGCCGCUUAUAGUCGUACAAAUGUGUAGGGCUACGUGACGUCAAUCGACUACGAAUUUGAGCCUCGAUGAAACCGAGCGUGAGAAACGUCGAGCUCGACCGAUAAUGACGCUGAGAGAACACAAACACAAAGUCGCCCAUCCAUACGUAACAGAACGUUCUCGUGACUGCGUAGUAAGAUCACUAUCAAAACCCUUCAACAGAUUAGAGAGAAGGCUCUUCUUGUCUGAAAGUUGGAAGAAAAACAACUGUCAAAAGCGCCAUCUUGAAUUCUGAAAAGCGCACAUCAUCUCAACCAAAAAAAAAAAAAACAAAAAUGGCUUUUUCGGGAACCUUCCUGAUGCGCAAUAGAACUGGAGAAACCUGCGAUGUGGAUGGAUAAUCGUCUUACCGAGGAGAGGUUUCCAAGUAUGUAGCCAGCCAGAAAGCUAAAACCGACAAACGGCGUCGUAAUCAAAUCCCAGCCCAAAGUCAGCUCAAAGUCAGCGAUCGUUCGCCCUGUGUUUUACUUUACUUAGCGUUUCCCGACUUUUUGGCUUCUGCCAUCGAUUCAUGCCAGGCGCUCGUUCUCGUUCGUCGUCUCGCGCUGCUUCAAAAUAAACAAAUUACACCAACUUGUAUAAUAUUCUAGAACCUGUGAUGACUUUCUUUAUUUUUACGUUUUUACGCUACUCUACGUAGAAACGAUACGUUAAAUAAACUUAGGUUUACUUUUGUACCACUCUCUUUGUAAAUAGCAAAUCUUCCUCCUAGCGGGCUCGGGAAAAGAUAGACAAUUUCAACUGAUCCAUCAUAGUCAUUAGAUAACGCGAAAAAAACUACUUAAAUUUGGCUGCUUCUUUGAAAGAUUAGAAUAAAAAUUGAUGAACAAAAUUCAAAAUUGCUGCGCCCCUUUUUCGAAAGGUGUGAUUUCGAUUGGCACUAUCUUUUCCAAGGCGUGUCUAAAGUGUACAUUUAUCAUUGCAAAAUAUAUAUCAUAAAUUCCAGACUUUGUGCCCGAGCGCGCGUGUUUUCGAGACCGAUUGGUGUUGUGCGUGAGAGAUUGUGAUGAGUUUUAACCUGGCUCAAUGAGUGGAUGCGUGUCUUUUCGAGAGCAAAAAAAAAACAGAGUACGACGACCGUGGCGCGAAAGAAUAGCGACCUUUGUUUAGUUGAUCAAAUUGUAACACCCUGUAGGCUUUAGGUUUUUGAUAAGUUUAUAUUAGGUAUGUAAAUGUUUUCAAAACAAAACAAACAAAUAAAACUGAGAACAGUGGAAAAAGCAGACGAAAGGUACGAAAAACAACCGGAGAGAUACCAGAUUAUAGAAAUUCGUUAAUUUACUAACGACUGCCAUUUUAAGCAUAGUGAAAAACAAACUAUUUAGCCCACCCUAGCCCAUACUGGAUGAGGUGGGCGUGAGUUAUACAUAGAAAAAAAGUACCCAAAAUAACACGGAAAGAAGGGAACGAAUUUUAACCUUUUGUUUUACGUUUUUGUACAUACAUAUUGACAUUUUUACGAGAUGGUAAUAACAAACUGACACAAACAAACAAAGAAACUCACACAUAUACAAACAAACAACAAACAGAAGAGAACGAACGAACAAAUUUGAAUCAAUCAUCAACCAUUUUGCGGGUGGACCCUCGAUCGAGAAGAAUCAAUACCAACACGAGUCAUUUCGACGAGGUGCUUCAACACCCCCACCAUCCCAAAAGACGACAGAACAUCAACAUCAGCCCUUAGCCGGCUCGCCCAUUUAUCGGAAAAAUUUUCGGAACCUCGUGUGGCGGUGCGAAUCCGGAGCGGAGAUUUUUUAAACAACCUUUCGGAACGUUUGUCUAAAUUUUUUUAAAUAAAUGAUUUCAAAUUAUUUGGCGACCGUGAAAAAUUUCCUCUAAUCAAAUACGAUUCAGCUUCGAAAAUAUUUCGGUUGGAAAAUGCUUGGCGACCGUGAGAAAUUUCGACGAUCUCAAUCAUUUUCACUUUGAAAAUAUUUCGAUUGGAAACUGUUUGGCGACCGUGAAAAAUUUUGACGAUCAAAAAUUAAUUUUGAUUAUAAAAUAUUUAGAUUACAAAAUAUAUGUUUGGCGACCGUUAAAUUUGUAACUGAGUCUAAAUCAAUUUCGCCUCGAAAAAUUUGGAUUGGAAAGUAUUUGGCGACCGUAAAAAAAUUUUCCGAAUCAAACAAAUUUUAAAUUUGAUACUAGUUUUUAACAAAAAAAAAUAUUUCGAUUGGAAUCUGUUUGGCGACCGUGAAAAAUUUUGACGAUCAAAAAUUAAGUUUUAUUUAAAAAAAAAAUGUUUGGCGACCGUUAAAUUUGUAGCUGAAUCAAACUCAAUUUCGCCUUGAAAAAUUUGGAUUGGAGAGUAUUUGGCGACCGUAAACAUUUUUAACGAACCAAACUAAUUUUGAAUUUGGUACUAGUUUUUUAACAAAUCAUAAAAAUCAAGUAAUAUAAUAUUUCCUUCAAAAUUUCCCUCGAUCCAAUUAAAGCAGAUUUUAAUCUUCGAUAAGAUUUUCUUAAUUAAAUUCUUCCCUUAGUAAAAAGAAAUUCUUCAAACUUCCAUUUCAAACGCUAUCAACGAAAUGUCAAACGUUCCGUAAAGCUUGAUUCUCUUCCACCGAGAUUCGUACCCGGUUCGACGGGUUAACUUUUUUUUUGAUUAAGUUUUUUUUUCGUUUUUAAACAGUCAUAGAUUUGCUAGAGAUGCACAAAACUCUAUGGAACAAAUCAAACUAACAAACUAGGAUUCAAACUGUGAUCUGUGAUCGUGACGAGCUUUGCCAAAAAAAUCAACAACUGAGUAGUCUCUUACAAUUUUUUUUUUUUUGAAAGAUGAACGUUUGGAUUUUUCAUCUAAAUUGUUGACAUUUUUCCAGAGUAAAAUCUAAGUUAAUUCAAAUUUAAAAGCGCAACAAAAAUAAGCCUCUAAACAUUUUUUUAAAAUUUUUAAUUAAUUUCAAAAUUUAUAUUCCUUUUUUUUAACAUUUAUUUACAUUUUUUGGAGUGUAAAAAAUACACUCUCAGCAACUUUUAGUCAAAUUUUGUAAAUUUCUAAUCACGCAAUCAAAAUUAAAAUGAUUCAAACUGACUCACCUUUUUCGGGGUACACGGAUUUUAUGAGGUUUUCUCGGAACCGACAAAAAAUGGGCUCUUUCUUUCGGUUCAGGAAGUCGUCAUUCGGCCAUUAAAAUGAUAACAUUUAAAAUGGGGAAGCAAAUCUAGCAUCUGAAUGUUGUUCACCUGACAAGGUGUUUUACCUUUCAAAAUUUUAUCACCGUUCAUUUUUAUGGCUGCCUCUUUUAUAACUUCCUUUGGAAUGAAAGUCAGUUCUAGUUUUUUUUCUUCAAAUGCUACUCCAUAAAUUGUAAAAGUAAAACGUGUCAUUGGGACGAUUUUAUUUGAAAUUUCUAAUUCCUGCUUAAGGGGCAUUGAACGACACUCAGUUUGUAAGGAUUUUAAUUCAACAAUCUAUUUACAAUUAGAAAAAAAACUUAUCAAAGUUUUAAUCCUGUUAGGAUUUUAACAGAUAAUUUUUCCACUAAUGUAAAAAAAAAGUUACAACCAAUCGUCACGAUCUACAUUUUUGCUUUGGCAAGGGACGUUCGGUCCCUUUCCGAUCGAAACCAUACGAAACUUGCCGCCGCCGGCAAGCUUUAAUCUGUGAUUUAACAACACAACAACAAAACACCCAGAUAAUUGCACUUUAAAUCGCAACUGGCAACCGCCAAUAUAUUUUCCGUAGUAGUUAUGAAUACGUUUUUAAUGAAAAAAAGGACGUUUUUUCCGACGACAAACAACCACACCUAAUUAGGGAAGAAAAAGAGAGAGUUAACCGGACGAACUGACACUGUAAGUGAACUUUUUCAAAAAGGGUGCAACAACAAAACAUACGAGAUGGUAGUUCAUAGGGUUACGAAAUGAUACAAUUUUUUUAGAGGUAAAUCAUAAGGCGCGGGAGAUUGAUUAUUUUCCGGUACCUGGGCUAUGCGUGAAAGUGAUUUAGCUGCUAUUUGAAGAGAGAGAGAGAGAAAGCGCAGGCGUUAAUUAUUAGGAGAGCAGUAAGCGAAGAUCGAGAGAGAAGGAAGCAGAAAGCGGUAUAUCGAAAUCGUGAUAUUUUAAAGUCAUACUUAUUAAUUUAAGGUCGUUUUUUGCAAUCCAUGCGUAAAGCAGCAUUAGGAGAGAAGAAGAGUUGGGAAGGAGGGAAGAGAUCUCGUUUUAAAUAACAAACAAACAAAAAACCCACGUAUACAUCUAUAUACUAUUUGUAUCAUAAACAAAAGUCAAUCGAGUUGAUUUAACAACGCCAACCACCACCUAUGUAUAAAAGUGAGAAAAAAAAAAUGGAAAUUUACUACGAUGGCAACAAUAAACCCUGAAAAGUCUGAGAAAGUUUAGUUAUUUCGUUUACAUUAUCCUUUCACGAUAGGAAAAGAGUCAUUGAGAAGAACGCAAAAAUGCGAGAGGCAGAGCGCUUAAGGGAUGAGCUAGAAGAAGGCAAAUUUGUUGUGAUUAAUAAAAUAACUGAUUAGUAGAGAUAGAACAAAAUGAUGACCCACAAGAACGCUUAAUGAAUACAAUUGAAUGUGAUAAUAUAUAUUUUUAUACAUUUGGAAACACACAAAUGCGAGCAAAAUAACCAUGAAACCGGAAGAAAUCUGAAACGACAAAUUUCAAAACAGAAAGAGUGUCGAACAAAACUUCAAACAACUUCAUUGCUUAAUUUUAAGUCAUCAAAUCAAGAUUCCUUUAACCACCACCAACAUUAAACAAUACAUCGUUAGGCAGUGAAGCAUUUACGCAUAGAGAGGUUAUUAUCCAUUAGAUGAUAAAAAAAAACAACAAGAGAACCUGAGAACACUCUAAGAAAAAUAAUAUCUAACACACAAAAAACACCUGGACUAAGAAGAGACCCCUAGGGGACUCCCCUUAGAAAGCAUCAUUAUCCGCUAUUUUUUCGGUUCGCCGAAAGGAUGUAAACCUGAUUGUGAUCGUUAAACAAACAAAAUGCGAAUGUGUACUAGAGCUACCUUUUUAUAUAUCAUCGAAAGAGAAAAAAAGCGAGAGAGAAUUAAGAGAAACAACCUUAACAUAUUUAUAAAAAAAUACUAUCACAUUCAUUGAUAUUUUACUAGUUAUCAUUUUAAAAAUAAGAUCCACAAGAACAAAAAACCAAAGCAUCGUGAAUUAUUGAAGUGUAAUGCAGUAAACAAACAACCGAACCAAAGUCGACAUGGAUCACGGAUCAUUUGCUUUUACCCCUGCCUGGCUGGUUUUUCUUUUACUCGUGUCGCGUCGUAGUUUUCUCAACUUGGCGAAUGGAAAUCGGAGUUAAUCGUGACGGUUUCGUCUCGUAGUCGUGAUUUCUCGGUUCGCUGUCGGCGGAGGAGAUAAAUGAAUUGUGACGUUCCUCCCCCCUUCAUUCUCCUGCACGCUAAAAACGAUUUACUCUCUAGUGUGUUGGCGAAAAUUUGCUAUAGAUUUUUCUUUUUUCAGCGUCUUUCUCCUAUUUUCUUGAAGCUGCCGAAGCUAACGUUCAAAGCAUAAUAUUCCCUUUAAUGGUCGCGCUGAGCUCGUUUACGUUUCAUGUUCGACGUGCGGAUCAGUGUCAAUCACGUCAAGCGAAAGGGCUCGCUUUUUGCCUAGAUUUAAUCACCGAUUCGUCACGUUGCAAUUUAACGUGUAGCGCUGUCUCGCGUGAGACGGACGAAAUCGGUGUCACUGUACUGCUUUUUCCCCACUUGAAGUUGGGAUUGUUGAAGAAAUUUGUUCCAACUUACCAUAGCCGACUUCUACGUCGAGCUUGUUUCAAUUUACUCAUUGAAAAAUUGCAAUUUAAACUAUUAAUAUUUCUAAGAGAAAACCGUUAAAAUUUUGUGCUAUGAUUGUAAAAAAAAAUACAUAGGCUUACCAGUAAAUCCGACGGCCUAUGUUCGUGAAAGGACUAGUCAAUUUAGAUUUAUACUUAAAAUUCAGUUCUGUGAUAAUUUUUAACGACAAUACUUCCAAUAACCUUUUGAAAAGUGACACCUGUUUCCCCUCUCAGUUCGGGAAAGGGAUCGGGGGUAAAAGCAAAUCCAACAGUCCAUUUCCGGCUUAGUAGAUCAAUUUCAGGCACCGAAAAGUCAACCCAGUGGUGCCCCCAAAAAGGAUCAAAAACUGUAGUGAUACUUGCUCUUUUUUGUUGAGAAACCUCGUGCAAAUUCGAACUGCAUUGAGUUGAAAAAAACAAAUCGAAAAAAUAAAAAGUCUAUUCACAAUCCAAAACCGAGCUUCGGCGAAAGGCCUUUCCAUGGCAGUGUGAAAAGGCUUUUCGAGUGAUGGAUAGCGUUAGAGCAAAGCAAACAAAAACAUGACUGAUGAUAGUUGAGGGGUGGAAAAUAUUGUUUUAGAUAUUUUUUACCUCGAACCGCACUACUCUAGGAUGUAUUUCUACUUGAAGCAGCAGAAUCAGGACGCGUGAGUGAAUAUAGGUGGUAGUGUAAGAUUUUGGAAUAAAUAUUUACACGGAUGUGAUGCUGAAAAAAACCCCAACCGUUUGGGCAGCGAGAAUCAAGAUUUGAAACAAAAGAAAAAAAAUCUGCCAACUGUGAAUGCUGAAGCUAAAAGUAAUCAAAAAAUUACCAUAAACGUGAUCUAAUUCGUAAAACCAAAAAAAAAAAAAACAAUGGAAAAAACAAGAUUUAGAUUCGAUUGGCAAAGCACCCAGAUGAAUAGGUUGCAAACGAACGGUAGGCGAAAAAUCAUAAGACUUUAACAUGAUAAAACGUACAAAUUACUACUAGUAACUCGUUUUUAUAUAGACACCAUCAUAUAUAAGCCAAGAGGUACUGAUUUGAUUACACAGAAAUCGAGUCGGAGGAGGAAAACAGACAACAGCGCAACUACCGAACAGAAAACAGAACAAAUGUUGGGAAGGUUUAAGUCACGCAACUAGUUACUUACUUAUCCGGGUUUCCGCUUAUUUUUUUAUUAUUGCGCGCAAAGAAGCUCGAUCGAGCUCGAUCACGCAUUAUGGAAGUUGGUGGCUACCGAUUCCAUUGAAUUCGAUUACGAAACGAUGGUCCCUUGGAAGUUUGUGGUGCGAAAACCGUCGAGUAGAAAAAAAAUAUUCUAACAGAAGCCAUUUAGAGAUGGUUACUGAUCCAAAUUCUGACACUCGGGCAGAGAGUUGAAAUGUGGAUCAGUGGCAAACUUUAUAUGUCCUGUUUUACAAUAUUUUUCUACCGAUUUCAAUUUAAAAAAUUUGGACUUCUCAAAGCUCGUUGAGGUCUUUUUCUCAGAUUUCUAAUUUCAUCCUAAAUUUGAUCAUUCCCUGGAAGCUUUUAGAGACAUGAGCGUUUUCUGGAGAUGUCACGAAUAUUUGACCGAAACAUUUCAAACCAUUUGGGUCUGUCGAUUCCGUUGAACAUGGGAAAGAUAAGAGCCCCCUGGGAGAAAACUCGUGAUACACUACACGGGUAAGGUUUUCUGUUGUUUUGGUGCCCGCAUUUGCGACUGAUAGAAACCAGCAUCUGCUUAUUGGCCUGACCAGGCUGGAAAAGGGUGAGGAAACCCCUCGCGGAUUGAGCCAAAACAGGUUCGACAACUUUUUCGGUCAACUUUUUUUUCUGCUUCUUUCCAUUCGAAACGAGCCCUCCAUCAUCAACAUCGAGGGCUGUGGGCGAUCGUUGCCUCGCUUGUGAGUUGUUUUGUUGUUUUUUCCCAAGCAGAACUGGUUUCUGCUCUUCUUGGAGACUUGUUGUUUUUUUGCUACGCGCUGGUUUACAACACAACAUCGGGUGAGACAACCCAUCGUUCGUGGUAGUAGCUGGCGAAAGGGAGUGCCUACAAUCCCCGGGCAUGAAACGAGGGCGACCAUUUUAAUGAUACCUGUGACCGAAUCGAUCUCUCGAAGUUGAAACCUUUCGGUGAACUUUCGGAUCGGAUUGGUUUUGGAAUCAAAACAUUCAGAUUUUUUUUGUCACGGUCGCCAUGCAAAGUUUUUAAAUUAGUCAUUCAAUUCUUCUUACAAACAACUCAGAUACUACAAAAAAAAUAAAACAAUUUUUUCAUGUUUUUACAAUCAUCGCUUCACUAGAAAAGUUCAGUAGAAGUUGCGUGACUUAGAAUCCGGUUUUCUGGCAACACUUCCACACGUUUCCUCAUGAAAAUUGUUUUCCGCGAUAAGAGAGCAAAAGAGAAUGAGAGAAAAUGUUCGAAUAUUUAUCAUAGAGCAUUGGAAUCUUUCUGAAAGAUCGAGUGAAGUACAACCCUAGGAGAGGACAUCUUAUGAUAACGCGUUUUGGAUUAGGAAUACUCUUUUACAAAAUAAAAUUAAUAAAAAAAAAUGCCAAUGCCAAUAAAGACAGCAUAAGGAUAGGCUCGUGAGCAGCUUUUGUUUUUGCUCGAUAUGUAAGUUUUUUAGAUAGUUUUUCAGAUACUUCCGUGCAGCAAACACAAACAAAGGAAAAAACAAAAACAAACAAACAAAAAAAAAAACAAAGGCACAUUUAAUUCUCAUGUCGUUAGCGAUAGAAUAAACAAUACGAAAAGAAUGCAAACUCUGAAUGUACAAAUUUUAUUACUAUUUUAACGGAACAAAGUGAGAACACAAAACAAAACCUUUGAAAAAAAAACCGAAAUAAUGAUUCUCAUCCAAAUUAUGAAACAUAUGAAAUACACGAAAGCUAAAAAUAACAAAAACAAAAACUGACAAACUGAAUACUAAUUAAGAGAAACUAUUCAAACUGUGAUUUAGUAAGAGAAUGAAAUAACAAACCAGAAAGAAAGCAGACGAAUAUUUAUAACAAAAACAAAAACAGAUAGUUGAAGAAAAAAAACUACUGACCGAGCGAGAACGAGAGCGACACAAAUCGCAAAAAAGAGUAAUCACUGCAUUGGUUUUUUCGAUGAAAAAGAGAAAACACUUAUUUUAUUAAGCAACACAACAAAUUACCGAAAUGUUAAACAUGAGUUAAUGCUAAAAUGUGUGUGUGUGGAACAGCUUAAACACAAAUUCAAACAUUAACAGAAAUGUGGUAAAAAUCACGAGUAGCUUUUAAGAGAAAGAGAGAGAGAGGGAAAUGCAAAAUGGAGAUGAAGUUUAGUGAAGAACGCAGAAGAAAAAACAACCCACGAACAACCAACCAACCAUGUGUAAAUAUUCUAACGUUCGACAAAAAUGUUAUAUAUGUGUAUAGAAAUGUAAAAUAAAACAAAAAAAAAUCUACCUACUGACGCGAAAUGUUAAAUUUCGGAAAACAAUACCAUCAAAAAGAGAGUGAACGUUUCCGAGAAAAAAUAUUUCAACUCAAUUCCGGGAGAGCUCUCCCGAAAACUUUUCUAUCGUUGAAUUUCUCCCCAAAUCAUGAGAGUGUGUGCUCACGGUGAGUGUUCGUUUUUUUUUGUUGGAGAAGAAAUCCUUCGUCGAGCCCUGGCCGGUUUGCCCCGAGUUGAGUGUGUCCACGUUUUCGCUGGAAUUUCGAUUUCAAAAGGGGUUCCAAUCGGGCAGGGGUGUUGUUGGAAGGAGGAUGAGUGCUACCCUAGGUUUUGAAAUUUGGCACCUUUAAAAUAAUAGGCUAUAUGUAAUAGGAUGUACUAUUUUUUUUUACAAAAAGACCCCGCGCUUAAAUCGUUUACUAGUUUUUAACGGCCAGUAACUAUUCGCUAAACUACUGGUGGCAUGUGCGUGUGUGUUUGAGACUUGGGUUUGGAGGGCGUUUCGGGAUUGAGUUGAGAUUUUGGGGUCGGAAACCAGUCGUAGGUGAGUGAUUUUGAGGAUAACAAAUACGUUGAAGAAGUAACAAAAAAAAACUAUGACAAUGGAAACAAUAACAUAAAGAAAAUUGCAGUAUUUUUUUGUAAUAAAAAAAGCAAAGUGAAAAAUAAAAAAUGAACUGAAAAAUUGUACAAAAAGAGAGAAAAAAAUUUUAUAAGAAAAACGCACCAGAAAAAAUAGUUAUCAAAAAAAGUUGUUGAAGCAUUUAUAUACGUAAUGUAAAUUUAUAGAAUCUAUAGUUUUUAUUAUUUAAUAAAAGUACUAAAGAGAAAGCAGGUGAGAUCGACCUGAAAUUAUUUCUGUGUAUAAAAAUGCAAGAUACAAAAACCAACAAAACUAUAUAAAAGAGAACCAAGCAAACGGUAAAUGAACACCUGAGGAGAAAAGGAAAAUAAUCUAGAGAAAAACUCUGUGUAUAUGUAUAAUGUAAAUUUCGUGCGGAUAAGGGGCUCAUGUAGAUUGUUUCGUUAUGAUUUCUAAUUUAUUUUCCUAAUUUCGAUUGGAACCAAAAUUGCUUAACUGAAACGGUAAUUGAGAAAUGCAAAUGACUUUUCAUGGCAACAGAGGCAGAGCAAAAACUUGUUUUCGAAAAAACAACCUAAACGAUAAUCGUAACGUAGGAAGGAGUGAUAGCCACCAGAAACAAAAAAAAAUCAAAAGAUUCGACGCCAUAUUGAUUGGUGUUUGCUCGCUUGAUUGCUAAUGUGCUACACUGAGAAAAAAACUACCGUACUUGAUUCGCUUCUUGGAACAUCAAACAGCCAGCAGUCAGUCAUUAACGUCAUCGAUAUAUGCGAAAGUAUGUGUUCAAGACAGUAGAUGACUCACUCGCUCGUCCAUUCGGCACCAAUAAAACUUUUGAUGGUGAACCGAGGGCGUCCAUUUUUUUGCAACCAUCAUGAAACUCAUAACCAUCAACAAGCAAAAAGUAUCGGUAUCGUCUACUAGUUACUUUACCGCAUAUCGCUUUGAACGAGCGAGUGAGUCGAUGGCGCAUUAGUCGGGAGAGGAAACACUUAAAACACGUUAAAAAAAGCUAACAAUGAAAAAAUAAUUAUGCAUACGCACCGAUUAAACCGAACUGAAAAACAAAAGAUUCCAUACAAUUCAAUCGUAGUCGCUUGCCAGCAGCAUUAGAGAGGAUUCAUCUCUGGUCUUUGUUACAAAAUAUGCAAAACAAAAAAAUGUAAAACGAUUUGCGAGUGUAACCUACACACUAACAAAAGAGAGGGAGAUAAAAAAAGAAGAAACAAUCGUAAAAAUGAAAAUUUAAUACCCCCAAUAGCCUAUUGUUUAGAUGUGAAGUACUACUCUAUUCCUAAUACACCACUAUCUCGACCGUGAACGAAACUGAGAAAACAAAAAUUCAAUUGAAGUACAAUUGAGAUGUCGAUAACACUUUUCUGCAAAGCGAGAGCCGCAAAAGUGAAGAAGGCAAACACAAAUCUGUAACAAAACGUUCAUUCACCAAACUCGAGGCAGCAGCAAGAUAAAAUAAAACAUCAACACAAGAAAAGGGUACAUUAACAAUCAUUCAACAAACCGCCCACAUACAGUCACUCAUACACCUACAGAUGCACUUUCACGUAUAUGCAAAUGAAGUUGACCGUUUCUGCCACCAUCUUACCAAACGGAGUAACUGAUAAAAAAAAACAAAAUUCAAAAAUUCACCGUUCGUAGAAAUCAACCAUUUUAUUCGGAUUCAACCCAAUUUCAGCAGAUGGUGGUUAUCAAACAUGUACGCGUACUAAUCUAGCGCACGGCUAGCUCAGUUGUCAUUUGGCGGCUGCCUGGUCGUCAACGCUCACGGUCGCGACUCCAAGUGGAAUCAUUUGCUAGAGGCAGACUUUCAGGGACAAACCGAUCCGCUUUGAGGAUCGUAACAUGGGAAUUAGGCAGCAAACGAUGAUCCUAAUUUUAGCAGCCUUCGUCACGCGGAUCUACACGCUCGUUUUUGAUGAACUAUUUAUGAUUCUCAAAUAGCAAUAUUUUUUAACCAAAAAUAGUUUAAUAAAAACGAGUGUUUACUUCGCUCCCAAGCGAAUGGACCAGUGACAAAAAGUGGCAAAAAAAAUCAUUAUUAUUACUCCUGACGCCCUUCUUCCUGGUCAACUUCUAGCAUUCGAUAACACGAAUGUAAAUUGUUAUCAAAAUCCAACUGUUCAAUCAAAUUCACAGAAAAAAAAAGUUGCACCAAUUCCUCUCCUUCUCAUAAGAAAAAAAAACAUGAUUCAGCACCCAAUAUCUCGUACAGUGUGUGAGCGAAUACUCCACCAUUUGUAUUGUACAUAUGUGAGACGAAUAAGCAAAGCAAAAAUAUUCACAGUUAAAUAACAUAACCCCUCUUAAAGAAAGAAAACUGAAAAAUUCUGUAGAUUUUGACCGAAACAGCCCGUAGAAAAGUGUCCUCUUUGUUCCUUGUAGUGUAAUAAUAGUGUUUCGCACCCACCUUGAAUGACACAAAACCAAAACAAAUAAACGAUGUUAUUCCUAGAGAUUAAACCUUUUUCCCGCUCGUACCCUCAGUUUCGAUGCUUUCUAGUUUGAGUUUCUUCACUUUUGAGUGCAACGAUUGUUUUAAAUUGUUUUGCUUUUCCUACGAUUUUUUUCUUAUUUUCAAAAAUAUCAAUUUCACAAAACAAAAAAGAUGGCUGUACUUUUCCCUUUUUGAUUUUUUCGAGUUUCAAUCGAGAAAGUUUACUAAAAAGUGUGCAAAAGUUUUUAAAGAAAUAAUAGCUUCCCUUAAAAAUAAAACGAUAUCAAAACAACACCCCCUAAACUGUCUGCAACCGUCAAACAAUUAAAGUUCAUCCAUAUUAUUAGCGAUUUAUAUUUGUCACACUCUGUCGAUUGUCAAAUAAUAAAUGGGGAUAGAAAAAAAAACCUGUCUUUUCAGGUUUCCCCGCGGGGAGUCAGCUCCCCGAAAGAAGAAAAAAAACCACAAACCAUUUAAACCAGCGCGAUUUCGACUUUUUCUAUGUAAAAAGGCGAAUCAUUAUAUAAAUAUUAAAAAGAAAGAAACAAAUAGAUUGCUUACAAAACAUUAAUGCAUUCAUGAAUAUUAUGAAUUAUUUUCCCAUUGCUGAGUAGAAGUAUUUGUGUAUGAUUUCUGACAGCAGAAAAAAAUACAACCAACAUUCACACAAACACACACAAAACAAAAACAAACAAUGGGAGCAUCUUAUGAAAAGCAUCUAUAAACCCCUACAAAGACACAAAUUUAACAUCCGCUGUCACACUGAAACAAAAACAAACUCAAAAACUAGUGACAAACAAUCUUCGAUUAGUUCGUCUCGAAGGCAAAAUUGAUUUGAAAUAAUUCGUUUUAUUUCACUGCUCCCUCCCUGCCGUUCAUAACUAUUUUUUUUAGUUUGAGGUAAAUAAAAGAAAAAAUGUCGCAGGAUUUUUUGCAAUCCUGUGGCGAUGCGGAAAAAGGCCGGUGGUGGAAAGUAUAAUUUUCUUUCCCGAUGGCAUUUUUUUCUGUUCUUAUACACCCAAACAUAAUAGAACACACAAUACAUGUCCUCACACAUACACACAUACAAAAAGAGAAGAGAAAAUUCAGAAAACAGCAAAAAAAACAAACGAUGACGAACCUAACGACGAACGCAGUGUAGUAGUAAACAUAAUGAAGCAAAAAAUAAAGAAGAAGAGAAAAAAACAAAAAAAAAUAACAAACAAACACAUACGCUAAAGUGUAAGAACUGCAGCAAGUGAAAAUAGAUUUUUUUUAAAUUUUUCUUCUUUUUUUUAUUAGGUUUAGUUUUUACUGGUAACAAUUUAAUAAAAUGAGGAAAAAUUCAACUACAUACUGAAUAUAUUAUAUAUAAAACUAUAUGAAUAUAUAAAUGAUAUAAAAUUAAAAUUACUUGUACAGAGAUUAUUGAUAAAAAAGAUGAAAAACAUUUGAAAAUAAUUAAAAGUAUAUAUAUUGAUAGUAAUAAAACAGCAAACAUUUGAUGAAAAAAUUAAA